CAGUCCCAGCCUUCCCCGCCCUCCACCCCCACCACAACUCAGCAGCCGUCACGUGGUACCCGGAGUAGGAGGGGUGGGGGCAGAAGAGACGAGACUUUUUUGGGUGCUCCGGAUCGCCAGUAGUUCUUCAAGCCUCAGCAGCCAACUCCUACGGAGGCGCUGCGCUCCGCCCCAGGGAGCGCGAACCGGAGGAGCCUGGGACCAGCCUCUGGGAGCCCCGGGCGCGGGCGAUGCGGGCGCCGCGGGCGACACCUGCGGCUCCUCUCGGUGGCAGCCGUCGCCUGGGCGGCAGCAGCGCGAGCCUCGGCAGCCUCGGCAGCUACAGUGGCCGCGGCCGGAACAGCCUCCGCUGCGGUCGUUGUCUCUGAUGCUCUUGCCCGCUCCCGGCCCUGCCGAUCCGGGAGGAUGUGGGUUCUCGGCAUCGCAGCAACUUUUUGCGGAUUGUUCUGGCUUCCAGGGCUGGCGCUGCAAAUUCAGUGCUACCAGUGUGAAGAAUUUCAGCUGAACAACGAUUGCUCGUCCCCUGAGUUCAUAGUCAAUUGCACCGUGAACGUUCAAGACAUGUGUCAGAAAGAAGUGAUGGAGCAAAGUGCGGGGAUCAUGUACCGGAAGUCAUGUGCAUCGUCAGCAGCCUGCCUCAUCGCCUCAGCUGGGUACCAGUCCUUCUGUUCUCCCGGGAAACUGAACUCCGUGUGUAUCAGUUGCUGCAACACCCCUCUUUGCAACGGGCCGAGGCCCAAGAAGAGAGGCAGCUCCGCUUCGGCCAUCAGGCCAGGGCUUUUUACCACCGUCCUGUUCUUCAACUUAGCCCUCUGCUUGGCACACUGCUGAAGCUAAAGGAGAUGCCCACCCCUGCUGCCUCAUCUGUCCGGCCCUUCCUCUCUCACCUUCCCGAGUCUCUUCUGGCUGUCCUUCUAUUCUGGGUAGACAAGGGAGUCCUUUUGUUCCCUUUCGAGUAACAAGAUUGCGUGCACAAAUACUUUUGUAAGCUCUGAACCAAUUCACAAUGUCCGUGUGUAGUUGAAGAGAAAGCGUGGAGCAGAAAGCCCAGACCCUCCCAUCCCAAUCUGGUUAACCACCGCCAAGGCUAUCCUGGAAGAAUCAGCCCUUAGAAGUCAUUGAGAUAUGCGUCUGUCUUUCCCAAAGCCUGGAGCUUCCAUUCUGUCCCCAUAGGAGUCACAGUCUAUUCGGGGGCUGUGGCGUGAAGGUAACUUUGCAUCUGUGGGAGGGAAGAGCCUGUUUCUGCUCAAGGCUUCUAACUUGACAUUCACACUUCCUGCUCCUGUAAACUAUUUUCUGUGGCGGAACCAGCAGGUUUGGUCUCUGAGCCGGUCUGUGGUGACUCAGGACUCAAGGGCUGGGGCUCGCCCUCUAGAGGCUUAGCCUCCGCCUGAAAAGUGCUUAAGAAAACCUUGUUAGUUCUCCGGGAGGAAGAGUUACUACGCCGGGAGGCUAGGAAGAUGAGCGGGCUGCGGGCUGAGCGGCUGCUGUUUUUGGUAGAGCUGAAGUAGGCACGCUGCUGUUUCUCCUGGUUGGCAUGCUGCAGAGUCAGCCGGCAGCAGAGAACCUGCCAGAACACCUUCCGGAACUGCUGAGAAGACACGUUGUAGAGGAGAGGGUUGACCACGGAGCUGAGGUAGAAGAAGGUGUCGGAGAAGGGGAGGAGGAUCAUGUACGCCUUGAAGUACGACUUGGUCCAGUCAUGUUUGGGUUUUGCUGCGGCCAUGAUCCGUCGGAUCUGAUUUGGCAUCCAACACACGGCCAGUGUCACCACGAUCAGUCCUGGGCAGGCGAGAAGAGGAGAGAGAAAAGGAGAUGGGGAGAAAAACAGCAUGAGAACAAAAAUAAAUAAAUAAACACCCAUAAAAUAUUCAGCCCCUUGGUUCUGUUGCUUACUGGCUGGGAAACGGUACCAAUCUUUCAGUGCUGUGCUUGACGGCUUCUUUUUGCCACCGGCAAAGGAGAAUUUAAUGCUGCUUCAAGCUCAGGGGACUUGGCUAUGUUAAAAAGCGUUAAAUGCUUUCGACAGUGUAUUUAUACCUGUGGAUGCCUGUUAAUUUUCAAAAUGUUUUCAUUGUUGCUCGUGAAUCCAGAAAAUAUCUCAUGUUGGCCAUAAA